AUGGAAGAAUCGAGUUUGUUUUCAUUAGAAGAUUGUGACAAAAUCGUUCGAAAGUACCUCAAAAGUGACAAUAUCCAGACUGUUGGUUUUACCGUGCUCUCCCUCAAAAACCAAAAUUAUACACUCAAAAUCACCGUCGUUGAUGAAUCGAGAGAAAAAACUCUAAAAUUUUUCGUUAAAUCAACGCAAUGUUUACCGAAAGUCAACAAAAUCCUCUUUGAAGAUUUCAAGAAAACGCUGCCGGACUUUGAUGCAAAAAUCACCCCAAAACUCUAUUACGACAAGUCCGACUUGUUGCUUUUCGAAGACUUGACAUCGCAAGGGUUCAAGAGUCACAAAAGUGGGAGUUUUGAUUUAAAACAUCUUAGAAUUGUGGUGAAGACUUUGGCAAAAUUACAUGCAGCAAGUCUUGCUUUUGAAGAAAUAAAAUCAGCGAGACUGGAUGAAGAAAACAAAUUAAAUCGUGCGAGUCUCGAUUUGAAGAAUCCCGAGAUAAAUUUCAAAUCGAGGCGCUAUUUGCCACCAGUUUGCGACUUUCUUCAAGUAAUUUUCUUCAACACGGAUCAAGACUUCCGCCAAUAUUAUUUCGAAUCUUUAAUUUCGUUUUACCACGGUUGUUUGAAAGAACAGUUCGAACAUUAUCUUCUCAACAUUGACAAGGUGUUGCCUUUUGAAGAUUUACGUUUAGAGACUCACUAUUACUUGUCUUUGAUUAAACUGGAAGCAGCUUUGAAAAAUCCUACUCCGACGACUUUAGAAGAAUUGAGGGAAAUCCUAAAUUGUCCAAUUCUGUCCCGAGAAGAUUGCUACACAAUAAUCAGGAAUAAAAUUGGAAGUUCUGAUUACAAAUUUGAAUUUUUCCAACUAACACCGCUAGAUACAGUCAAUGGAUUUUUGGGCAAUUACCACAAACUCAAACUCAAAAUUUCUGGCGAAACAAUCAACUGUUUCAUCAAAUGUAUGCCAAAAAGUAAAGUUUCGAAAGACAUAUUGCAAGAAACUGGAUGCUUCUCCAAGGAAAUUUUCAUUUACGAAAUUCUCAUCCCCCAAAUGUUGAAGCUCGGAAUUGCAACAAUCAACGAAUGUCUCCCGACUUGUUACUUCCAACGGAGUGACGAUCUUAUGGUUUUUGACGACUUGUCUUUCAAUUAUCGCACGCUUAAAGCCCAAGUCCCCUUCGAUUUUCCUUUACUUGAACUAGCAAUAAAAAAACUUGCAAAGUUUCACGCCAGUAUGUUCGUCUUUGAGGAAAAAAUGUUGUUCCGUCUGGACGAAAAGUACGGUGAUUAUUUAGAAGAUAUAUUUUUUUGGAAAGAGAAGACACACGCUGGUGCUGUUUUGAUGCAAACUGGCCUUAGGUCAAUUACCGACAUUCUGGAUUUAUUCCCAGAGGAAAAAAGCGAGACAAACGUGAAAAAUUUUGAGAAGUGUUGGCCCAAAUUACAGGAGUUGUUUUAUACAGUUACAAAGCCUUCGAGUUGUUACCGAAAUGUGCUAAACCAUGGUGAUUUAUGGACUAACAACAUCAUGGUACGGUUUGAUGGUACGAAACCAAUCGAUUGCCAGUUUAUCGACUAUCAGUGUACCAGAUAUUGCCCACCGGCCCAUGAUUACCUUUCUGUGGUUCACCUAACCACUGACAAGGCCAACAGGAGGAAACAUGAGGAGGAAAUAAGGUCGAUUUAUUACACCGAACUGGGGAAAGUUUUGGAGGCGUACAAUUACGACGUCAGGAAAAUUCUUCCUUUUGAAGAAUUUUGCCAAACUAUUGAUUACAUCAAGCCACAAAUGGUGCUACAGACUAUGAUUUACUCCUGUUUUUGCAUAAGUACGCCGGAAGAAAUUGCUUCGUUUCUGACCAACGAGGAGACUUCAACACGGACGUUUUUCCACGAUCGGAAGGACUACUUGGCCGAAAUGUACAAAAAAUCCGAGUCUUUCAGAAUCCGACUUCGAGAGUGUGUGUUGGAUUUGUACGAGUUGUGCUCCUCCAUGGUGCCAUUGAACUGAAUUACAAUAACCUUGAUGGCAAAACGUGUGAUUAUUUUUAUCUCGGUGUUUCUCCCGACCUUGAUACCAGGCGAAAAAAAUAAAUAAAACCAAGCAAACCACUUGUAAUACCUCUAAUUACUGUUAUGAAUAAAAAUAAGUUCAAAUAA